AUGGAUUCAUUCAAAGCAAAUUCUUUCAUCAUCGACAUCAGUGGCAUCGAAGAAAUUAAUUGGUCAGACUCAAUUGAAAACAUUGAAUCAUCAAACGAGGAGACAUCGCCGAUCAAAGAAGAACGUUUGGCUUUCUUGCAACUCCUUCAUGAUUUCGAACGAGAGAUGUUAGAAGCCAAAGCCAAUGGUCGUUACAUAUCUGAUGUUUCAGAUACUUCGUCUGAAAUGGAAUCCACAAUGUCUGCCUUCAUCGACAUCACUGGCAUUGACAGCGACAUUAAUUCACCAGUCUACGAAGAAAGAACUGAAUCAUUAAGAAUAAAAGUUCGAAUUGACAGAACAUCGGACUGGAAUUCUACAGCCUCGUGCGAACAUUGCAGUCAUCAACAUUUACAAAAUUGCUGUUUGUAUGUUAACGACACUCAAGAAGACUUGGAAGAGUAUGCAGCGUUCAAGCACGAAAUUGACCAGCCCUACUACGUCAUGACUGAGAAUGAAAACUUUGAUUUGGAAAUUGGAUCAUCAACACCGCCAUUUUUCCCGUGCUUUUCGAGGGCACUCAAUGACAUUCCAGAAAGUGACAAUCAGCGAAACCUGCAACAAGAUUACCAACAAGUGCAACAUUGUUUUUAUCAGGUUCCAAACAUGGUACCAGCGUAUGUGCCUCUCCCUCACUUCCAUGCUCCGACUCCAAUCUACAUGAACUGCUAUCCAAUGCCGAACAUCCAUCCAGGACAUGCUUAUGUGCCUUACUAUCCAGUAGGAAUCAUACAAGGAGAACAAAUUGCAGCACUUCUGGCACAAUAUCCAAGCACAAUGCCACCACCUAUCUUCUAUGUUUAUUAUUGA